CACAGGGACCUGGUGCGGUGGCUGUGGCGGCUGCGGGACUGACGAGAAACUACUAAACUUCCUGUGCAAGCGAAGUAGAAUUUCGUAAGAACAUAAUGGAUGGAGAAGAGAAAACCUAUGGUGGCUGUGAAGGCCCUGAUGCCAUGUAUGUCAUAUUGAUAUCUUCAGAUGGUCAUGAAUUUAUUGUAAAAAGAGAACAUGCAUUAGCAUCAGAAACAAUAAAAGCCAUGUUGAAUGGCCCUGGUCAAUUUGCUGAGAAGGAAACUAAUGAAGUCAAUUUUAGAGAGAUCCCUUCACACCUGCUAUCAAAAGUGUGCAUGUAUUUUACUUACACGGUUCGCUACACUAACAGCUCCACGGAAAUUCCUGAAUUCCCAAUUGCACCUGAAAUUGCACUGGAACUGCUGAUGGCUGCGAACUUCCUAGAUUGUUAAA